UUCCCUGAGGGACUAGUCAUAUUUAGCACGCAAAAAAUGGGUAAAACAUGAUAUAUGUCUCACACGUCAGGUCAUUAUGAAAUACAUCUCAGUGUUGGAAACACCGCCAUGACUUUGGCUACCAGGUGCAAGGCAUUUGAAUUACCUGGAAUAAUACAACCACAGCAGACAGCAAUAGAAUGCGACGCAGCACUAAGUGGGGAUACAUUUAUAGUGAAAAAGAUAGAUGAUGGGCCAUUGAGACUGUUCGAGGUGUAUCCUAUAAUAUGCCCUUCAAAUCACUUCGGACCAAACUGUGCAAGAUGUCGCAAGAGUUGUCGGUCCUGUGAUUCUAUCACUGGGGUGUGUGUCCAAUGUAAUGGUUCGUUCUACGGAGAGUAUUGUCAACACAGCUGUCCAGAAAACUGUCUGAAUACGACAUGCGACCAACGGACGGGGUCUUGUAAUGGUUGUGUGGAUCAUUACAGAGGCAAAACCUGCAAGGAAUAUAUUGAGCCGAAUACAAACAGAAACACACUUCGUUGUAAUCACUCGUUUGUCACGUGUGAACAAAACAUCAAGGUGUGUAUGCUAUGUACCUCGAGUUUGAUGCUUGAAAAGUGCAAAUAUAGCUGUGAAGAAAUCUGCUCUGGAAGCUCCUGUCUGGAAAUAGUAGAUAACGAAACAGUUCGACAGUGUGGUAAGGAGGUUUUGUUUCGUUUAUUUAGCCAAGUUUGAUCAUAUGUUUUAUUUAUAAC